CCAGCUCUAUUCCUUUCUCAAACUCCAUCGCUGCCUCCUGUUUGCUGGACCAGACAUCAGAGACCCGGUCAGCUUCCAAUAGACAGCUGGAAACGGCCUGUCACGUGGCCUUGGGGUGCCAAUGUUCUGCCAUAGGGGUGUCAAGACCCUGGUAGCUGGAAAAAUCAUUUCGGGGAGCCCCAGAGAUGCAGAAGACGACCUACUACGACGGCUCCACGCUCUUUGGGGGCUACUCCUACGGGAGCGCCUCCGGGUUCGGCUACGACGGGCCGCAGCAGCCCUACCCGCCGGGCGCGCACGUGGAGGGCGACUUCCAGCGCUCCGCCUGCUCCCUGCAGGCCCUGGGCAACGCGGCCCCGCACGCCAAGAGUAAAGAGCUCAACGGGAGCUGCAUGCGCCCGAGUCUGCCCCCGGAGCAGCACCCGUCCGCGCCCGUCUCGCCACCCUCCAAUCCGGUCACCAACAGCACCGGUAGCAACAGCAAUAACCAGGCCGGGAGCGGCAAGGCUGCGCCCGGCAAAGCCGGCCUCAGCGCGAGCGCCAGUCUCACCAAGCAGAUUUUCCCCUGGAUGAAAGAAUCGAGGCAAAACUCCAAACAGAAAAACAGCUCCCCUAGCACAGGUAUCACGUUCUGCUUUUGUAACCCUCCGUUUUUCUACGCAGAGAGGAAAGGAGGCCACUGGUCUGGAGGGAGGAGAGGGCUGUAGGGGGCUAGGCCAUGCUCAGGCCUUGGCUCAGAAACCUGCAGCGGCGAGAAAAGCCCUCCGGGCUCCUCGGCCUCCAAGAGAGCCCGCACGGCCUACACGAGCGCUCAGCUGGUGGAGCUGGAGAAGGAAUUCCACUUCAAUCGCUAUCUGACUCGCCGGCGGAGGAUAGAGAUUGCCCAUGCCCUGUGCCUCACGAUCUGGUUCCAGAACCGAAGGAUGAAGUAUAAGAAAGACCAGAAGUCGAAAGGCAUGGGGUCUUCCUCCGGAGGGCCUUCCCCGCCCGGCAGCCCCCCGCAGCCCAUGCAGUCCUCGGCCGGGUUUAUGAACGCCUUGCACACCAUGAGCAGUAACUAUGAUGCCCCCUCUCCGCCUUCCUUCAAUAAGCCCCACCAAAAUGCCUACGCCAUGUCCACUAGCUACCAAAACCCCAUCAAAGGCUGCCCUUCCCAACAGAAGUACGGCAACACGGCGCCCGAGUACGACCCCCACGUCUUACAAGGGAACGGGGUGGCCUACGGGACUCCCAGCAUGCAGGGAAGCCCCGUCUACGUUGGAGGUAACUAUGUGGAUUCUAUGGCCGCCUCCGGCCCGUCCCUUUACGGCCUCAAUCACCUGCCCCAUCACCAGGCUGCCAACAUGGACUACAACGGGCCACCGCAGAUGCCCCCGAGCCAGCACCAUGGACCAUGCGAGAGCCACCCCACGUACACAGACCUCUCCACGCACCACGCUUCUUCUCAGGGCAGAAUCCAAGAGGCGCCCAAGCUCACCCACCUGUGAUG